GGAUGGAGAAAGGGUAGGUCCUGGGAGACCUACAUGGGAAGCAUUUUUAUGUUACACUUAACAGACUCUAUAAAUAAAACUAUAGUGUGCAUUCAAAAGAAAGAAACUAGUGUGAUGUGAUGGCGGAGGGGAGGAGUGGAGAUGAUAUUGUUUCAGAGUACCUGGACCAGAACCCUCAUCUGGUCCAGUGGGUGGAGUCACUCCGAGGAGUGCAGGAGACCAAUAAGCAGUGGCAUGCCAGGCGAGAGUUUAUCCUGAGAAACAUGGAGAAGUUUCCCACAAUCCAGCAAGGCUUCCCCAGCCCGGGGCUUGACAGGCUGCUCUCUCUGUCCAUGUGCUGGGCCAACCACAUCUUCUUGGGAUGCAGAUACCCUCAACCGGUCAUGAACAAGAUUAAGGAAAUGGGGGAUGGAGUGGUUGUCAAUGAUGCUCCAGUUCGAAAGUCAAGGGAUGAAAUAAUGGGGAAAGGGAAGAGGACGGCAGGGGGUGACGGCGAUGCCUGCUCCAAGCCCACCAAGGCUGGACCUAACGAAUCACGAUCUGGAAACCCCUUUAAGCAGGGCCCGCCCCCGCAGGCCCCAGCCAAGCAUCAACCCUUCUUCAACCGCCUCUACAAGGCUGUCGCAUGGAAGCUGGUGUCGGCAGGGGGCAUUGGCCCUAACCUGGAUCACUUCGAGAUCCUACGGGCCUGCACCGAGUCAUUGAAGGAGACCCUGAGCUGUGUCUUUGUGCCCCUGAAGGACAUCCCCGACCUGCCAGCAGCACGCACCCAAAAGGAGGGGCAGGUGUGUGAGCUGCGCUGCCAGACGGUCUACCUGGGCACAGGCUACGGGCGCGACGAGGCAGCCGCCAGGUCCAUGGCUUCCAAGGAGGCCCUCAAGGUCUUCCAGGGCCGCAAGGUGAUGGUGAAGAUCUGCCGCCGGCGAUUCAAUGGCAGGGAUGUAGAGGAUCUGGUGCUCCUGGACGAUCAGCCCAGGAACCCAGGCUUCCCACCCGCUAUCAGCUACCCCUUCCAGACAGAGCAGGAGGGGGAAGGGCCAUCGUAGAACCCCCCAAUGGGCGAACUAACCUCCAGGUGCCUUUUCACAGUUGUGUUCAGUAGGCACCACAGUGGACUAAAACAGGGAGGAAUUACCUGGACUGUUCAAUGGGAAGUGCUUAUUUAAGUUUUCUGUUGCAAAACAUUUUGGUUUGGAUUGCUCUGAUGAACACAGUCCUGGUAUUCAGAGGCGGUGUAGGUUUGAACAGAGCUGCUGUGAGUCUUACUGUCCCGCUGGGUUCAUUUAAUGAAUCAAUCAUUGCCACCAAGAUUUGCUAAUUAUUUUUUAAGGUUUGCUAGUUAUUUUAUUAUUCUUCAGUAGCCUGUAACCCACUUUUUGUUCCAAAGUUAAUUUGUAUUCCUUCAGAGUGGUGAUUGUAAAAAGUUCAGGCCCUUUUUGAAUUUGUUGUGCCUGCCUGCUGCCUACGACAAUGGAGAAAUGUACACAGUUAUGAUGGAUGUUGGUUCCCUUCAUUUGUUUGCACCUAUAAUUCCCUUAUAUCUGUGUUUUCUGUAGCAUAGGCCUUUGGAGUGAAUUUAUCCAGGAAAUCUGUUCAGAUUCCCCUGCCCCACUCCUAACCAUAGCCAUUAGAGGGGACAAUUAUUAACUGACCCAGCAUCAGGGUCUACAGGCAACUUCACCAUAGCCCAAGCUCUGGGCUAUGGCGGGUUUGUGUGGCAGCACUCCGGCUGAACUUCAAGCCAUUUAAUCAGUUUUCCAAUUAACAAACUGGCCACUAGACUACCGUUUGUCGAUACCGUUAAUACCAUGCCAAUAAAACCCUGUGUUGUUCACCAUUAGAAUAGUUUUCUAUCAACGCUUUAAUAUUUCCAGUUUUAUGCUUUGUUUUGCUACUGAAGUUACAGAAAUCAUUUACUAACUACUGACGUUAGUCACGUGACAAGUGAGAUAUAAGUAUAGUUUUGAUAAUACGUUUAACACAGGCUCUAGUACUUCAAAGGAAGAAGCACUAAUAUAGCAUACUUAUUUGGAAAGUUUUUUUUUUUUCUGUACACAGUGGAAUGCAUUGUCAGUAUUAUUAUGACUUAAUAUUUGGUUGCUCUGCUGGCUUGUUUCAAUAUACGGAUUUGUUGUUAUUUGUGUAAGAAAAUCUGUUUAGAAUUUGUGGUUUCUGUAAGGUUUAUUAAUUGAUUUAAUCAUUCUAAAGGAGAGGGUUCAUUGAUCACCAGGUACAUAGAAUUGUAUGAUAUAAUGUAUAUUGACUAAUGUCCUGAAUCUUUACAUUCAAAGAGCAUUAAUAAAAGAAUGCUGCUGUAAUUUUUUGCUCUUUAAAAGCUGAAUGACAUGAAAUUGGUUCAAUUGAUGUGUAAAUGGUUAACACUGUACAUUUCUAUUAGCGGUACCUGUUUCUAUAUUUUUGUAAAUAAAAAUAAUUUAAAUAAUGAA